AACUCGAAAUUAUUCUGUCAAUGGUAAGGGGCUAUCAAUAAACAUCUCCGCCCAAUCAGGCAGCACCACCCUCGCAUGUACACCAUCCCUAUGCAUUCUCCUCCCUCUUAUGCACCACGUCAGUGGGUCUCCCUUGCACGCGUUCGCGCAGAGCUACAUACGAUAAACCCAGCUGCCCGCACGCCGCCAUCAGCAUGAAUUCCUCUUCACUCCCCCACCUUCAGAGCGCUCCUCUGGGCUUCUUCGUCUUCUCUCACCACCGUCAUCAUCAUCAUCAUCGUCGUCGUCGUCAUAAUCUCAUAAUCACGCUCACCACGCUCAUCCUCCUCCUGCCCGUGGUCUUGGCGGUGGGGACAUCUGCAGCUCGGGAGGGCUCCUCCCAGGCCGUGCGGGGCGUGAGUGUCCCCUUCGUGUUUGAUCCCAGGGCAAAGUGCGAGCCACCGUGUCGGCACUACGGGCUGUGCAUCCGCAACGACACCUGCUUCUGCGGCAAGGGAUACGAGGGCGAGCGCUGCCAGUUCGCACAAUGUUAUCCCAAGUGCAAGAAUGAAGGCGAGUGCCUUCGCCCGGGAAAGUGCCGAUGUCAACCGGGAUUUGGUGGACGUUACUGCCACAAAGCGGUGUGCGAGGGGGGCUGCCUGAACGGAGGGCAGUGUGUGCCUGUCCACUCAAGUGUGAAGUGCUCCUGCGUGUCCGGAUGGGCUGGUCCACGAUGCCAAGAAGCCGUGUGCCCCCAGGGUUGCCUUAACAGAGGGAGCUGUGUUUCUCCGGGCAUCUGCAGCUGCCCUACAGGCUGGGAGGGUGGGGCAUGUCAUAUUGCUGUUUGCAGGAAACCUUGCCUGCAUGGAGGGAAAUGUGUGGCGCCAAACAUCUGUCGCUGUCGAGCACAUUUCUCGGGCCUCCAGUGCGCCACGAGGAUCAAAUUGUGAUGCAAGCCUGAACACUCCUUCACUCCACGCGUCUGCACUCGAUUCAGCGUCCACAGAAUGACAAUGCAAUUUGGAGUAGUGAUUCUAUCAAAUGCGAGUUCCAACGACUGAUGUUUGCACUGCAGUCAAUAGAGUACCCUGCUAAAGUCACCAUAGCAGAGAAGUCAAACCGAUCAUUUUGGCCGUGGCAAUGUUUUUUGUUGGGUGCAGGUAACUUCGUGGUUUACUUGGAGUGCAGAAUUUACAUUGAGGAUUAAUAAUGACCUAAUUGGAAACGUUCAUCUAAAAAUCUAUGCAUUAUUUUAUAGUUGAAUCCCUAUCCCUCGCUAUACUUGGGAAAUUGGAUUAUCUAGAAGUUGAUGGGAUGAGGAUGCAAAGGUUGGACUUGGUGGGAUGGAGGUAGAAGAUGUAUAUUUUAAUACCCUUGAAUUUCAAAGUACUCUAUGGGUGCAAAUUCAUUAUAGCCUAAAGCAUAGUUUCUCAAAAUCUAUGUUUACAAAUAAACGUUUGUGUAUUGUGUAUUUUUGAAAUUUGCAUUUUUAUGAGAAUCAGUAAUUAAAGCUUAAUAGCGAGUUAUAACUUCAUGCAUAUAUGUGCGUGCGUUUAGCGCUGAAGGCUUGACUACAGUAUGAUAAAUUGUGAGCCAUAGUGGCACAUGCCUGUAAGUUAAGAGUCGGUGGUAGGUCACGAAGAUUUAUUAGAAUACAAACUGGCUGGGCUACCAGGUGACAAGUAGAUGGCAGCACAGAAAAUGAUUUUAUAAACCUAUCUGUGUGAUCCUUCCAGUGUUAUCACCUCAUAUGUAUGCCUUUUCUCUGGCUGAUCAGUUUCCUCACAUUAUAAACAUUACCUAUCGAAGCAUUGGGCACACACCCCAAUGAGAAAAACAUUCGAUUCAGUGAAACUUUCCCAUAUAACCUAACAUGCAACUGCACGUAUCCAAACGGUAUAACAUUAUGCUAUGCUGUACAAUAAACAUUGGGUGAAUUUGGAAAAUAAACAUGUAGACCAAUUAAAACAGGAAUUUAGAGAGAGAGCUGUCGAGGCAGUGAGAUACCAAGAUUGACGGAAGGCUUACAGCUGCUCUAAUGCAGACACAUGGGGUGAAAAUCUGUGAUGUAACAUGAACUCCACUCUUUGAAACAAUAUUUUUGAUGCAAAAUAAAGUGUCCUGUUAAUGAA